AAUUUUAUUUUAAUCAGGCGCUCAUCCACCUCCUAAAGAGACCCAGCCCAGCUCAGGCCGACAGGAAGACAACAACACAGAUCUUGCGAUGUAAAGUUGGCGUUGUUUGAAUAUAAUUUUUGAGUAAAAGGAUCAGUAAAAUGCCAAUAUUUGACAGCUUGGGGAGUGGAGGAGAGAAGACUGCGAUUGUCAUUGAUUUAGGAGCAGCAUUCACAAAAUGCGGCUUUGCAGGGGAAACGGGGCCCAGGUUCAUCAUUCCGAGCGAGAUCAGGAAACCGGGGCAGCAACAGGCCACCAAAGUGGUUCAGUACAACAUCAACACAGAAGAGCUUUAUGUCAUCCUCAAAGAGUUUAUCCAUGUAUUGUACUUCAGGCACCUGCUGGUGAACCCCCGCGACCGAAGAGUGGUGAUCAUCGAGUCCAUCCUUUGCCCGUCCCACUUCAGGGAGACCCUCACCAAGGUUUUCUUCAGACAGUUUGAGGUCCCCUCUGUGUUKUUUGCCCCGAGUCACCUGAUGGCCGUUAUGACUUUGGGCCUAAACUCUGCUCUGGUGAUGGACUGCGGAUACACAGAGACACUCGUGCUGCCGGUUUAUGAGUGUAUUCCUAUUCUACCAGCCUGGGAGGCGUUACCACUGGGGGGGAAAGCUAUCCAUAAAGAAUUGGAUGCGUUUCUGGUGGAGCAGUGCACCGUGGACACAGACACCACCACUGGGCAGAGCGUACCAGCUGUCAUUGGAACUAUCCCAGAAGAAACUGUAGAGGACAUAAAGGUCAGAACAUGUUUUGUCAGUGACCUGCAGAGAGGACUGAAGAUCCAGGAGGCUAAGUUUAACCUAGACAACACAGCAGAGCGUCCUGCUCCUCCUCCAGAUGUAGCUUAUCCUCUAGACGGGGAGAAAAUCCUUCACAUUAAAGGCUCAAUCAGGGACUCUGUGAUGGAGAUCCUGUUUGAACAGGACAACGAGGAGAAAAGCGUGGCCACUCUGAUACUCGAUACUCUAGUCAAGUGUCCCAUCGACACCCGUAAAGUUCUCUCCGAGAACUUGGUGGUGAUCGGCGGCACGGCCAUGCUGCCGGGCUUCCUGCACCGCCUGCUGGUAGAGAUCCGCCUCCUGGUGGAGAAACCCAAGUACAGCGAGGUGCUGGCCAGCAAGAGCUUCCGCAUCCACGCUCCACCUGCCAAGCCCAACUGCACGGCGUGGCUCGGAGGAGCCAUCUUCGGGGCCCUUCAGGACAUCCUGGGCAGCCGGUCGGUGUCACGGGAUUACUACAACCAGAUGGGCCGCAUCCCAGACUGGUGCUGCCUGAGCUCCCCUCCUCCUGAGUGUUUGUACAACGCAGGAAAGACCCCUCCUCCGCUGAUGAAAAGGGCUUUCUCUACUGAAAAGUAGAAUAUUUAGUAUUUCAAUGCACCUUCCAGAAAGAACAAUCCAGUGAUCUUUAACGUAACAUCCCAACACUUGUAUAACUUUACCACACAUAGUGUUAGAUGUUUUUUAUUAUUUAUAUGUGAAUUAGGUAACAGUUUAAAUGAUUGUUUGACUCUCAGAUUGUCAGAUUUGCCUGUUUGUAUAAAGCUCAUCUCCACUAAACGAGAUCUGUUCUCAAAAAUUCAAAGCUCAGAAAUGAAUUGCUGCUCAUCUGCUUUGGUUAUUCUUCCAUUUCACCCAACACUACCACACCUCUGCAGUUUAAAAGAGUAGAAUGUGCAUUUUAGCAAUGUCCCUGUGAAUCUGCAGAUUAAAAAAAAACUAAAAGAGCAUCUAUAAUAAAGAAAACAUCAGGCGUUUUGUUUAAAUGGCUGCAGUUGUACAAUAUUGAAAUGUUAAAAUCAGAUGUGUCUGCUUGCACGUAACAUUUACGUGCUCCUCACCCGCUUGCUCUCUUUCUUUGGUAUUUCUUCAAUGGAGAGACUGUAAAAUCUGCACAGCUCAGCAGAAAUUAACGAAACUUAUCACGCAUUUUAUGACCUAACCAGCGUUGCUAAACUCUGAGGCAAUCCCUCUGUGAUUUAUUAUUACCAUGGAGAUUUUUGAAAUGAGGAAAAACAAGUUGUCUCUUAUUGCGUGUGUUUAGUUGUAGGAUGUUGUGAUUUUUAUCCCAAUAAAAUGAGAGAAACUGAAUGUGGGAUUGUUUUAUACCCAUAUAUCACAACAGGUCCUUAUGAUGAAGAACAGCACAAACAGAUUUUAGUUWAAAUUCGAUGUUUGUUUUUCACUUUUACAGCUGUGUGAAGCAGAUCAUAGAGGAGUAAUCACCUGUAGCUGAUACUGGCUCAGAUAACUUUAAACAUACAGAUUAUAUUGGACAUGUUACUCUGUAAACUCUCAUUGCUACAAAUAAAUAUUCAGUAAAUGUGG